UUGGGGCCUUGAUGACUCAAGGUUGAGUUUUUCACUUUGUCCUAGAAAUAGAGGAACAAAAAGGGAGAGGACAAUCUGGUUGUACAAGUGGAGAAAAGCGUGGACACUGGUAGAAGACUUGCAGAUCCUUUCUCCAUAUUGCCUCAAGACUCAAGUUGCAAAGAGGAGACAGAAGAGGAAUGGUAUCUUUCCUAAGGAGAAAAAGCUAUAGAAGGAGGCAACAAGCAUGAGCCCAAGCAUGGGAUGGCUUCUGUGUUGGAAACAAACAACUAGACUUCCCAGCCUGCAGGAGAGAUGACCCUGGGACAGAGAUGGAGAUCUGUAAAAGUGUGGCAUGCUGGAGGUAAAUAGUAGAGAUUUGCGGAUGCUUCAAUACUGCCUAAGUGCUGCCCUUAAUUAGGAUGAGUGCUGUGUUCCUCCAUGUCCUGAUGAGUCACUGCCUCAUGGUAGAAGAAUUGCCUGACUGUAGGUCCUGAGAACCUUUGUGAAGAGAUCUGCUGAAUCUCUUACAUAGGCAACGGUGGACAACCAGUACAAGCAGAAGUGUUGAUUCUUUCCAUGGACACCUGCUCUUGCGGCAUGGCCCAGAUAUCCAGUAGCAAUGGAUUUAAACAGCGUUCGUCCCCUUCUUUGGCAGCUGCGAGGUCCAAAGAUGUGGACAAGGAGGAGGCGUUGCAGAUGGAAGCUGAGGCGCUAGCUAAAAUGCAGAAAGAAAGAGGUGCAGCUGGAAAUAAGCAAACCCUUGAUUCUUCAAGCAGCACCAGACAGAAAGUGCAGGACAACAAACAGGACCACGAUCUUAUGGUGUUUCCAGAGUCUGAUGCCAAGAGAAUGGAAGAUAAACUAAGUUCUAUUGACAUAGAGAAACUUACUCAUGCUGAACUAGAGAAACUGCUGCUGGAUGAUAGUUUUGAAUCUAGUAAAGGACCUGCAUUACCAGUAAUGCCUAUUUUGAACCCACCCGUUUCUUCGCAGUUUUAUCUUGGGCCUGCUGGUCGGAGAGGGCAGUGGACACCUGGGAUGCCAGCACCUGCGACUUGCACUUUACCUCCUAUUUAUGCCCCAGCUUCUUUUACAAAACAGACUGGUGUAUUUCAGAAUGGAUUCCAUCCAAGUGUGUCCUCCUAYCACUCUACAGAACCUAUUUAUUUUGGUCUUCCAAGACAGUCGCAAUACAUUUCAUAUCCAUUGGCAGCUACUACACCUUUCCAUCCACAAGGAAAUGUUCCCAUAUAUCCUCCAGUAAUUACACCAGAAAUGGCAAAAGUAUUUGACAAAAUUGCAAGCACCUCACAAUUUCUGAAAAAUGGGAAGUCGAGCAGUGACUUAGAGAUGACUGCUCUUAAGUCUGCAGUUUCUGAUCUACCAGCCUCAGAAAGCUGCAGAGACAUUAGUAAAUUUGACUGGCUAGAUUUGGAUCCUCUAAGUAAACCAAAAAUGGAUAGUGUGGAGACUUUGUACAAGGCGGAAGAUGAUGGUGAGGUGACUUCCAGCAUGACUGCGGAGGAUCCAUGGGACGCUGUGCUCUUAGAAGAAAAGUUGUUAGUAACUUGUCAUAUGGAAAGAAAGCUUAAUGGGAAAUCUUCAGGAGCAACAGUUACGAGAAGCCAGUCCUUGAACAUUCGAACAACUCCCCUUGCAAAGUUCCAGGGCCAAACAACAGAGCUGCAGAAAGACAAUGGGACCACUGGCACGCUCACAGAACACGCACUUCGCCAAGAACUUGAGGGGCAGAACCAAGAGCUGUCAGCUUUUUCUCAAGCAGUUACAAAAUUGAGGACCAAGUUUCCUUACGAUAAUCUACUAACAAAUCCAGGUUUUGUGCUGAGUCCAAUCAUGCUGCAAAGAAAUAUCAGUGGAGAGAGUGCCAGUAUCAAGGUUUCUAUAGAAAUCAAAGGAUUCCAGCAGCCGGUAACUUUUACGUGUGAUGUGAGUUCCCCUGUGGAGCUUAUAAUAAUGCAGGCACUUUGCUGGGUGCAUGAUGACUUGAAUGAAGUGGACAUUGGCAGCUAUAUCCUGAAAGUCUGUGGCCAAGAAGAAGUUUUACAGAAUAAGCACUGUGUAGGAAGCCAUGAAUAUAUUCAGAACUGCCGGAAAUGGGAUACAGAAAUAAAACUGCAGCUCUUGACCCGUAGUGCAAUGUGCAGAGAUUUGGCACGAACAGAAGAAGAUGAUAGAACCCCCGUGCAUCUAACAAAACACCUCUACAAAGUAGAAAAGCCUUUCAGAAAUGUUAUUAUAAGGUCUUCUAUUGAAGAACUUCUUGAUGCCUAUCAUAAACAAAUUGACAUAGCGCUUAAAAAUGAGAACCAACAUAAAGCAGUAGAACAUGUAAUAAAGACGGUCAGAAAAAUCUGUUUUACAUUGGAUGGUGUAGAGACUCCUGCAAUAACAGAAUCCGUAAAGAAGCUAAGGAGGGUUGUUAAUCUUCAAAGGACUAAAAACACCGAGGCAUCCUUAAAACGUGGUGAGGACAGUAGCAAGAGCUCAUCUGGUUCACUGCAGCCUGAGAACCCUCUGAAGGUGAGCCUAGACCAGUUAACAAGAGCGGUUGAGGACCUUCUACGACUGCACAUGAUUUCAUGCAGCAGCAGCAGCUCUGCUGUAAUUUCUCCCAAAGACACUCAGGGCACCAAGGAAGCAUGGACUGCCACAGAACAUCUCCAGUUCACAAUAUUUGCUGCACAUGGAAUAUUUUCUGCUUGGGUAUCAAAUUAUGAAAAAUAUUAUUUGAUAUGUUCUCUGACCCAUAAUGGAAGAGAUCUGUUCAAACCUGUUCAGUCCAAGAAGGUUGGCACAUACAAAAGCUUCUUCUACCUGAUUAAAUGGGAUGAACUAAUAAUUUUCCCCAUCCAGAUUUCUCAGCUGCCAUUGGAAUCAGUCCUAUGUUUGACGUUGUAUGGAAUCCUAAAUCAAAGCAGUGGAAGUUCUCCUGACUCAAAUAAACAGAGAAAGGGCCCAGAAAUUUUGGGUCAGGUUUCUCUACCUCUGUUUGAUUUUAGACGAUUCUUAACCCGUGGAACAAAGCUCCUGCAGCUCUGGACCUCAUCGCUUCCCAGUCACGCCUCGGGGCUGACCAGUAAGAGGGGAAAUAUGGAAAGAAUAGUCUUGCAGGUUGACUUCCCAUCCCUUGCUUUUGAUAUUGUGUAUCAGAUUCCUCAAUCUGUAAAGACUGCUGUGGGKCAUUCCAUAGAAACGUUGGAAAAACCAUUGAGAGAACAUCUGCUUACCAUUCUCUCUAAAGAUAACACCAUUGGGCUAUCAAAAGAAGAUAAACAAUUUUUGUGGGAAAAGAGACAUUAUUGUCAUAGUCAUACUAGCAGCCUACCAAAAAUACUGGCUAGUGCCCCUCACUGGGACUGGGCAAGUCUUCCUGAAAUAUAUUCAGUACUGCACCAGUGGCCUCCUUUAUCACCCUUAGCUGCACUGGAACUACUUGAUUCAAAGUUUGCUGAUCAAGAAGUGCGAACUACAGCUGUGAAUUGGAUAGAGGCAUUAAGCGAUGAUGAAUUAACAGACUUCCUUCCUCARUUUGUCCAAGCAAUGAAGUAUGAAACCUACCUGGACAGUGCUCUUGUCAGAUUCAUUUUGGCUCGGGCUUUGGGAAGCAUUCGAAUAGCUCACUACCUGUAUUGGCUUCUUAAGGAUACACUACAUGAUGUCAAGUUUGGUGUAAGGUAUGAGCACAUUCUUGGAGCUUUCCUUUCAGUCUGUGGAAAAGGCUUAAGAGAGGAGCUGGAGAAGCAAACCAGACUGGUACAGCUUUUUGGAAUGGUAGCAGAAAAAGUAAAGCAAGCAAGUGGAUCUACCAGACAGGCUGUCUUGCAGAAUGGCAUGGAAUGUGUGCAGUCCUUUUUCUUGAAGAACAAGUGCCGUUUGCCUCUCAAUCCUAGCCUUGUGGCAAAAGAGCUAAAUAUUAAGGCAUGUUCCUUCUUCAGCUCUAAUGCAGUACCACUGAAGGUUGCACUGAUAAAUGCAGACCCCCUGGGAGAAGAAAUUAAUGUGAUGUUUAAGGUUGGAGAAGAUCUGCGACAAGAUAUGCUGGCUUUGCAGAUGAUUAAGAUUAUGGAUAAGAUCUGGCUGCAGGAGGGGCUGGAUCUACGGAUGGUUAUAUUCAAGUGCCUCUCAACUGGAAAAGAUCGAGGCAUGGUGGAGCUUGUUCCUGCUUCAGAUACGCUUAGGAAAAUUCAAGUGGAGUAUGGAGUGACAGGUUCUUUUAAAGACAAACCUCUGGCAGAAUGGUUGCGAAAAUAUAAUCCUACAGAGGAGGAGUAUGAAAAGGCUUCCGAGAACUUCAUUUAUUCCUGUGCAGGAUGCUGUGUAGCUACUUAUGUGCUGGGAAUUUGUGACCGCCACAAUGACAACAUAAUGCUGCGAAACACAGGACAUAUGUUUCACAUUGACUUUGGGAAAUUUUUGGGUCAUGCACAAAUGUUUGGUAGCUUUAAAAGGGAUCGUGCACCUUUUGUGCUAACAUCAGAUAUGGCUUAUGUCAUUAAUGGGGGUGAAAAACCCACCAUUCGCUUUCAGCUGUUUGUGGAUCUCUGUUGUCAAGCAUACAACUUAAUAAGAAAACAUGCAAACCUCUUCCUGAACCUGCUUUCACUGAUGCUUUCUUCAGGGUUACCAGAGCUAAGUGGAGUUCAGGACUUGAAGUAUGUCCAGGAUGCUCUCCAGCCUCAAACAACAGAUGCAGAAGCUACAAUUUUCUUUACAAGGUUGAUUGAAUCCAGUCUGGGAAGUGUUGCCACGAAGUUUAAUUUCUUCAUUCACAACUUGGCUCAGCUGCGUUUCUCAGGUCUGCCUUCUAAUGAUGAGCCCAUCCUCUCAUUCUCUGCUAAAACAUACUCUCUCAAACAAGAUGGACGAAUCAAACAAGUAUCUGUAUUUACCUAUCAGAAGAGGUAUAAUCCAGAAAAACAUUAUAUCUAUGUAGUGAGAGUUCUGAGAGAAGGACAGGUUGAACCAGCGUUUGUCUUCCGGACAUUUGAUGAGUUCCAGGAGCUCCACAACAAGCUUGGUAUUCUCUUUCCUCUCUGGAAGUUACCGGGCUUUCCUAAUAAGAUGGUCCUGGGAAGAACCCAUAUAAAAGAUGUAGCAGCUAAAAGAAAAGUGGAGCUCAACAGCUAUAUACAGAGUCUGAUGAACAGUUCUUCAGAGGUGGCAGAAUGUGAUCUGGUUUAUACUUUUUUCCAUCCUUUACUUCGUGAUGACAAAGUGGAAGGAAUAGAUGGAAUAGCCAGACCUGCAGAUGCAAUUCCAUCAAGUCCUACCUCAGGCAAAGUGGGAGGAGAAGUGAAGCUAUCAAUAUCAUAUAGAAACAGCACUCUGUUUAUCAUGGUUAUGCACAUCAAAGAUCUGGUUACAGAAGAUGGUGCUGAUCCAAAUCCCUAUGUAAAAACAUACUUACUUCCAGAUACACACAAAACAUCUAAACGCAAAACCAAAAUCUCUCGAAAGACAAGAAAUCCAACUUUCAAUGAAAUGCUUGUGUACAGUGGAUACAGCAUGGAGACMCUGAAACAGAGAGAGCUUCAGUUAAGUGUCCUCAGCGCAGAGUCGCUACGUGAGAACUUUUUCUUGGGUGGAAUUACACUCUCACUAAAGGACUUCAACUUAAGCAAGGAGACAGUUAAUUGGUAUCAACUAACUGCUGUACCUUAUCUGUGAGCUCAUUGCUACAGCUGAGUAAGAGCAGACCAAUUGUAUUCACCUGUGCUUUUUGCAUCUUUUUACUUGAAAGUAACUUGUACAUUGUAAAAUAAGAGAGACUGCAUUUCAACAGGUAUGUUGGACCAACGUUCAUGUAGCCUAAUCUUGAGGAUUUCUAGAAAAUCAUUACUGGCUUACUCUCAUGCAGUGUUAUCAAAGCAUUAAUGUAAAUGKUUCUUAGUAGUUGCGGGUAAAAGAAGGGCUUCUAAACUAUAUAUGAAAGACUCAAAUUAACAGUCUGACSUUGUUGGUUAAACCACCACAACUUAAUCAAAAACUUAGGCCUGUGGAUGUAGUGGAUUUUGGGUUUAUGUAUUUUUUUUUGUCCCCUGUAUUAUGUCAUAUAUGGCAUGAUGCUGGAGAAAAUCAAAGAGAAUGAAUAUUUUUCAGGAUUACAUUCCCAUUAUUAACCAGGCAUCACAGAAGCAUCAAUGGGUAAAAUAAUGUUAGUUUCACACCUGUGGAAAUGAAYGUUGAAGGGCUGGAAAAGUUCCGUGGCAUUGCAUCUGAUCCCAGAUUCAUGCUUCUCUAGGAGUUACUGGAGUGAGUGCCAAUAAUGGAGUUGUAAAUAAUGGUGCCUUAUAACUGAAAUGCUUCUCUUGUACCUCAUUUCUAGUAUUUAAAUAUGUAUAUGCUAACUCUUAUCCCCUUAAAAAGGGGAAGUAUUUUCACAUUCAAUAAGGUGCAAGUCCUACUGGAAAUCUUUUCCAGAGAAAAUUUGUUAUUUCCAAAUAACAUCAUUUCAACUGAUCUUCAUAAUUAGUGUAACAUGUGAAUUCCUUCUGCCCUUCUACCCAUGAUCUGUUCUACAAAGUGAAUGAAGACUGGCUGAAUGUGUGCUACCUUUUUUCUU